UUUCUCCCUCUCUUCCUCGAUUACUGAGCAACUUGCCAGCCGCUCUGCCCUAUUUCUGACAACUGACACUGAUUAGGCAGAUGCUUAUAAAGAGCAACACUGAGCCUAACACAGACAUUCUUCUUCUAACCUGUUUGGAAGACUGCAAAGGGAUGUAUAAGUAUAGCGUAAGCAUCUUGCAUUCUUCUCUUUUGUCUUUGGUGCUGGAGUCUCAAACUAAUUCAUUAUUUAGAGAGGGAAGAGUGUAAAUACUUCAGCGAGGACUGUCACUAGAUCUCUAUGCUUUCUGAGCCAUGUGAAUCUCAGCAAAUGGUGGAAGCUCUGGUGUUCUGAUCUCUGGAUCUCUGGACAUCUAUUGUUGUAUCUGUACUGUGAGUAGUGGACAAACUCCAAAAUGUUCCUGAUGCAUCUUGGUGAGACCGUCUGGGAGAGCUAUGGACAGGAGUCUGUUUUGCAGCCUAUAUGGGACUACAUGCGUCUGCAUCACUCUGACACUCUGAGGUCCCCCCUCUUCCCUGUAAUUCUGUCAGUAUCGUCGUACUUUGUUCUCUGCCUGCCCUACCUGCUCUGUGACCUUGUUGGAGAGAAGUGGCCAGCUGUUCACCGGUACAAGAUACAGCCGUGCAAGUUGCCCACCGCCUCGAUGAUACGCCGCUGCAUUGGUAUUACCCUCCGCAAUCACAUUUUUCUGGUAUUCCCAGCAGCUGUAGCCCAGUGGGCAUGGAGACCUCCCGUUCCCCUGCCUGAAAAAGCACCAAUGUUACUGGAGCUGGUUGGCGGUGUGGUGGGAAACCUCCUGCUUUUCGACUUGCAAUACUUCAUCUGGCACCUGCUGCACCACAAGGUCCGCUGGCUUUAUGUCACCUUCCAUGCCAUCCACCAUGAAUUCUCUGCUCCUUUCGUCCUGGCCACUCAGUGCAUUGGGGGCUGGGAGCUGGUCACCGUGGGUUUCUGGACCACCCUCAACCCCAUUCUACUGAGGUGCCACAUACUUACUGCUUGGGCCUUUAUGGUGGCACAUGUGUAUGUGUCUGUGGAAGAUCACUGUGGGUAUGACUUCCCAUGGUCCAGUUCUCGCCUCAUUCCUUUUGCCAUCUAUGGAGGGCCAAGCAAGCACGAUGUGCACCAUCAGAAGCCUAAUACCAACUUUGCCCCCCAUUUUAGUCAUUGGGAUAAAAUGUUCGGCACACAUGCUGACUUCAGUUUUGUUAAAGUUCAGUGAAUGCAUGGCUUGCUUAAACUGCAGUUAUAGAGAAGCCAAGUGAUUUUACAGUGGACACUACGUUUUAGACCAGGUUGUUGGUGUAAUGCUUUUUUUAAAUAGAUUCCAUUAAAAGUGCAAUGACAAUUGAAAUCGG